AUGAGGCCUCUAACUGAAGAUGAAACGAAGAUAUUAUUCCAGAAGUUGAGUAUUUAUAUAGGUGGAAAUCUUAUGUCUUUGAUAGAUUGUGAAGAUGAGACUUAUGUAUUUAGAUUGCAUAAAGAACGCGUAUUUUACAUGAGUGAAUCUAUAGCUAAAGCAGCUUCUUUAGUUCCAAAGAAGAGUCUCUUAAGUAUGGGGGUCUGCUUAGGGAAAUUUACUAAAUCAAAGAAAUUUCGUCUUGGCAUUACAGCACUGCAGCAUUUGGCAAGAUUAACGACAAACAAGGUUUGGGUUAAAGCAGGUGGUGAACAAAGUUAUAUAUAUGGGAAUCAUGUAAUAAAACGACAUAUAGGGCGUAUGACAGAUGGAUUAAGCAAUAAUAUGGGGGUGAUAAUAUGUUCUAUGGAUGAAACACCUCUUGGAUUUGGUGUGUUAGCAAAAAGUUCCAGUGAAGUAAAAACAGCAGAUGCAGAGAAUAUUAUUGUAUAUCACCAAACAGAUAUAGGAGAGUAUUUAAGAGAAGAGGUAGAUCUAAUUUAA